AUGGGGAGACUAGGUUUUGACAGGGUUUUGGAUUUUUUCUCUCCUUCAAACUAUCCAAAUUCUUGUCUUUGCAUGAAUCCCAUGGAGGAAGAAGACAAUAUUGAGAGAAAAGCUCUGAUGAAAAGCCAUGUAGAGCAUAUGUUAAAGAUUGGAGAUAUUGUUGAUGGAAACAAGACACUGGCUUUUCAUCUCGAGCCCAAGACCGUAGUUUUAAGAGUGUCCAUGCAUUGCCAUGGCUGUGCAAGAAAAGUGAAGAAACACAUCUCAAAGAUGGAAGGAGUGACCUCCUUUGAGGUGGACUUGGAGAACAAGAAGGUGGUUGUGAUGGGGGACAUCACUCCUUUAGAGGUCUUGGAGAGUGUCUCGAAGGUCAAGUUUGCAGAGCUAUGGGUCGCCCGUGAGUCAUCAAAAAGUGCAUUAUUUGAUGAAGGCACCAACGCACGGUCUUCAAGCUCUCGCUGAUGGAUACAAAUAGCCGUAACCACCUCUCCAAAACAUUGCAAUUGGUCGUUGUCCCACAUAUCUUGUCCCGCGUCAGUUGUUUCGCUUCAUCUGGCUUUCCUUCCCUGGUGAUGAAGUUAAAUUUUUCACAUAUUUUCCCUCCAUAUUUCAUGUGGGGAAAUGGAAAAAUAUAUAUUGCUACAUUAUGACUCCAAGCAGAAAACAAUUGUUUGGCAUCCUCUUGGCUGUAAAUGUCGUCUGAUGUGUUGCGUUAUAGGAGCUGAUCAUAUCGCCGUUGCAAGGCAUCUUGGGGAUACCAUCUAUCAUGUAGGGAUAUAAUAACUUCUCCUCUCAAAUGUAAUCUUAGGACCAUCUAAGUUUUCACAUAGAGGCCUAGCUAGUCCAAAAAUAAAAGUUCUCACAUUAAAUAGAUUAUAGAAUAGUAAAAAUUAGAUCAAUUUUUAUGAUAAAUUAUAUCCUACACUCCAUGCAUCACAUUAUCCAUGCACUACAUCAUUUAGAUUUUCUAUUCUAAUGGGUCCUAUGUGGCUUGUCUCAUAUUGUCGCCAUCCUUACCACAUCGUAAGCUCGGACUAUUUUUGUGGUAUACAGGUGACAUGAUGCACAUGAUAUAAGAUAUAAUAUCUCUUAAUUUCACAGUUGCAUAACUGUCCUUUCCUUCUAAAUUAAAAUCAUGACACUGUCAGAGUAAACAAUGUCAAGGAGAGGAAUCACACAUCAUCCACGUAAUUUUGGUGUUAGAUUUUUCUGAUAUUCAAGCAUUUGUCCUCCAUAAUUGUGGAUACAUCAGCUUAUUUGCCCUUUGUUUCUGAGCAGAUAAUAAAUGGAUGCUGGCAGUAGUUUCGAUUGCUUUGAUGAGGGGGAUGAGUAAACUCCAAAGUGUAACAUUAUUCUCAUGGGGGGCUAUGGUUCAUGUUUAUAAUUGGGAUUCCCUUAUUAAUUGUAAUCAAAUUGGUGUUCUUAAUGUAUAUGUCUUGUAUAUUAGUCUAGAUUCAUUUGUAU